AUGACAAUCAGCGGGAUCAUGUCAAUUCAUUCCUACCUCCUCGCCUCUCAGCCACAUCUUCUUGCAUCGAGUCCCACGCGUUUUGAGUCGCCCACCCUAGGUAUCAAGGAAUCGCCGAAGUCGUCUCUGUUAUCAGCCACUGACGAACGGAAUUCUCUUCUCGCCCCCUUCCCCUUCCCCUUCAAUUCGGUCGCGCGUGGCCGGAUUUUGAUCGACUGCCUAUCCUCAUCCUCCAUUGUGGCUUCCAUUCUUUUCCCGGCGUCGCCCAUCGACCCGGCUCUCAAAACUGUCUCGCCUACGCAUCAGGACUUGGAACUAUCCCGUAUCGACUCGCCAUCGGUUGAUCCUGUUGCUGCGCGCCCGCCUCCGGCUGACGACGACGCCCCUCCACAAAGUGCCUCCCCGGUCCCGCCUGAAUUGGCCAACGUUGGCAAACUUGCUAGUCCUGAUUACCGGGAGGGGUUCCCUGGAUCGGUUUCCUUGAGCACCUCACUUCCUGGAUUAGCUGCACUCGCCUCGGUCGCGUCAGCUCCAACGUCCAACCUCCGUGAAUCAUUCGACGCGAAUGCGAGCAUGGCGAACAUCAGCUAUGCCAGUACGGCACCGUCGGUUGGUCAAAGCAACAGCCCACCCGUCUGCCAGAACUGCGGCACCUCCACGACGCCCCUGUGGCGUCGCGACGAGUCGGGCGCCGUGCUUUGCAACGCUUGCGGGCUAUUCCUCAAACUGCACGGCCGCCCACGUCCGAUAAGCCUGAAAACCGAUGUCAUCAAAAGUCGCAACCGAGUCAAAACAGGCCAAGGCCCCAAGCGCAAAUCUGGCGGCGUAGUCGAUCCUAACAACCUGGGUGGAAGUGCCGAUGGGGGCAACUCGCUCGCCUCCAAUGCAUACCGUCGCGCCUCGCGAAAGAUGUCUCCCGGUCACUCGGAUCGCUCGAAUUCCCCAUUGUCGCGAACCGACACCCCCGGCUUCGGGUCGAUGCAGGCGCAUAACUCGAACAUCGCUCCUCAGCACAUGUUCGAUCAGGUCACUGCUGGACGCGAUAGCGGGCUGGGUGGCUCUGGUCUUCCUGCGCUUCCACUCCGGCAGCCUUCCCCUUCCGCUCUUGAUCGUCAGCUUGAGUCACCACAAACAUACGAGAGCCUCUUAGCGCUCAACACCUCUCUGAAGACACGCGUCAGUGAAUUGGAUCUCAUAAAUGAACUAUUCCGUGGACGGGUUGCCGAACUCGAGCAAAGCGAUGCCAGCGCGCGUCGCUCGGAGAUGAUUGCGCGUGACUCUGAAGCUCGACUUCGGCGCACUCUGGAGGAAACCCAGCGGCGUGAAGAGGAGUUGAAGCGCCGUGUCAACGAACUGGAGCGACAAGUCAGUGCCAGUGGAUCUGCGGAGGCGGACAGCUCCGAGCCGUCGGCCAAGAGAAUUCGACUAUCGGAUAUGGUUGAGAAUUCUUCUGAGGAAUCUCCUGCGCCGCCCCAGGCAGAGCCUCAAUCUCCCAAGAGCAGCUGA